AUGAGUCAGCAGUGUGAUUCUGUGGCCAAAAAGGCAAAUGUAAUUCUAGGAUGUUCUAACAGGGUCGCGCUCACCUCUCACAAGCGCCCCCAUCUGGCCAAGUGUGUUUGCCUGCACUUGGCCAUUCUUCAGCCUUUUCAGCUACUCAGCUCCCUGGCCAAGUCACACUCCAGCAGCGGCGAGCAGAGCGGGGAGGAGGAAGACGCCUUCGAGCCGGCCCAGGGCAGCCCGGCCUACGCUCGGGACGCCAAGCUGAAGGCGGGCGCCCUGGGGAAGAAGCCCAAGGAGCAGCGCUCGCUGAGGCUCAGCAUCAACGCCCGGGAGAGGAGGCGCAUGCACGACUUGAACGAUGCGCUGGACGGGCUGCGCUCGGUCAUCCCCUACGCCCACAGCCCCUCGGUGAGGAAACUCUCCAAAAUCGCCACGCUGCUGCUGGCCAAGAACUACAUCCUCAUGCAGGCGCAGGCUCUGGAGGAGAUGAGGCCCUAUCUGAACCAAGGGCAGACCCUCAGCGCCCCUCUCCCGGCCACCCUGAACCCUUUCGGACAGUCCGCGGUGUACCCCUUCUCUGGCACCGCCCUGCCCAGCUGCUCUGAGAAAUGCACUGCCUUCCCCGCUGGGACAGCCUCCGCGCUCUGCAAACACUGCACUGAUAAGCCUUGAUUUCUUUUGCCUGCCCGCUUUUCUUGCCACUCCAUCCGCCCUGGCUUCCAACCAUCAGUUAAGUUUCUCCCUUUUUUAUUUUUUAUUUUGUUUAAAUCCAGGUUCUUUCUUUCGCGCGCUCAUUCGGAGGUAUUUGAAAGCUGUUUGGACAAAUCCACCCCGCCGUUUGCAAGUUCUUUUGGCUAAAGUGCUGUAAAAUGCUCCCCACCCCUUCCAUGGUUUUGAAGCAGUCGUGCUGCUUGCAACUUUGGGUAGCGGUUUUUUUAUUUAUUUAUUUUCUUCCCAACCUGCUCACGGAUUAACUUUGAGCGUUCCUUUUGCCUGUCAACUUGCUUUGACCCGUAAAGUUUUCGGCCCGUUUAAACAAAGUUUUGAAAACACACAGAGAGAGCAAAAAGAGAGAAAAUCUGGAAAUGGGAAUCUCAGUGAGUUUUCUUUUGGAUUGAUCAACCUGAGUAAAAACUAUGCAAUGUUUUCAGAAUGCAAAAUCACUUAUAAAAAAAAGGGGGAGGGUAAUGUAUUACGUAGGCAGCUCUAAUAGAGAGUGCCCACGAAUUAAAUUGAAUGCCAUCUAAUCAUCUCUCAGGUUUUGGUUUUUGGUGGUGUUGGUAAAACCAUGGAAACUUUACAAUUGUAUGAGUUUCUUUCCAAGUUAAGAACCCAUUCUUGGACUGACAAAGAUCUUUUGAUUGUACACUGUUGCCUGCUUUUUUUGCCUGUUUCUCAGCUUCCUUGGGUUUUCCAGGUGACUUUCCAAAGUCAUUGCUCUUCUUUGGUAAACAAAACACAAAGUCGCUGGACAUAUUUAUAUGUAUUUAUAACAAAUAAAAGACACAAAUAACCACUCUCUCUGUUCUACAUCUCUCUAAAGCAGUUGGCAGUCUAAGCAAAAUAAAUGGUGAUAUCAAUGUAAAGUGUAAAGGAGCAUCAUUUGGAAAGGAUUAGACUGGUAGAAGUUGGGUGAGUGAUUAAGUGUAAAAAGAACCAUUGGGUAUUAAACUCCAUUUCAAUAUACUUUUUCUUUUACUUAUCCCAUAAAUCUUGGGGGAGGGGGAGGAGUGGUUUCCUCUUGUCAUUUAAAGUGAUGUAGACUGGGCAUAAGGUUGUUUGAGUUUGUGCAUUUGGACACUUAACUAAAGUCUGACCUCAAAGCUGCAGCUUUAUUAGAAGGGAACACCUUUGCGGUUAUUUUUGUAAAAGUUUAAUGCUCAGAGCACAGUGUCAGAGAAGACGCUAAAGGAUUGUUUGAAAUCAUUGCUAUUCUAUUUGCUUGGUCCUCUGUUGUGUCUGCAACUCCUGAUCCUCUACUAUGUUGAAAGCUUGGCCCACUGUGAUUGCAAAACUAAAAGCUUGCUCCAAGCAUGUCACAUUGGCACAAGUUACCAAGUGGGCUCUGUCCCUGGUCCCUAAAUUGUUAGGAUGUUUUUAAUGCUCUUAUGUCUUAUAUGCUUCACAAAUCAUUGCAUAACAAUAAUUGAGAUGCAUUCUGUGUUUUGUGUUCAGACAGGAAUACCCACCGCCCAAUGUCAGAACGACCACGUAAACUGGUACAGUAGCAGCCUCAGGGGCUAGACCUGUCACGGCCAUUUGUGUUAGAAAUGGGGUGUAACUAUUUAGGGUUAUUAAACCAAUUUCCAUGGCUGUCGCCAGUGUUAUGCUAAUUUG